GCAAUCACUUUGACCUAGAGGAAUCAGGAAUGGAUCUGUUGUUUGGAUUAUCUAAAAUGGUAAUCUACUUCCUGCUGUUUAUUUCGUCAAUUCCCAACAUCAAUGGAAUCCUGAUCCUCUGCGCCUUUCCAAAUUGGGCAGUUUAUCGCACAAGGAUUGCGGGUCUCGGUCAGUACACAGUUGAUAAUAUCGAUCCUCAACUGUGCACACACGUAUUGUACCAAUUUACCAUCCUCGACAAUAAAACCCUUGAAAUUUCGAUCAAGGAUCACACCGUCGACAUCGAUAAAGGCGGCUAUGAAAAGCUGGCCGCAUUAAAAAGUAAAAACAAUCAAUUAAAAACGAUGAUCACUUUGGGCAGCUGGGAAGACGCUAACGAUGGCACGGACAAGUAUUCCAGACUGAUUACCAAUGGGUCCACUAUCGACACGUUCGUCAAUUCAGUAAUGGCUUUCCUUCACCUUUACAAAUUUGAUGGCCUGAAUUUGGAUUACGAUUAUACGUCAAAAGCAGUCAUCAAGGAUGACUUUUCCAAUUUACUAAUAGCAUUGAAGAAUGCUUUUAAACCGAAAGGAUACUUGCUGAGCGCCGUCGUUCCAGCGGCCGCAUCAACGUAUUCUUCAUCACUCGACGGCGACUACGAUAUUUCCAGUUUGAAUGAAAAUUUAGAUUUUAUCAGUCUGAGGACGUUCUAUUUCCACGGACAUUGGGAGCCAACCGAAGCCGAUCAUCAUUCACCUCUUUACAAACGUGCCUGGGAAAUCAAUAAUCAGAAUUCUGAUUAUGCCGUCACUUAUUGGAUUGGCAAAGGUUUGUUAGCCAACAAAAUCGCGUUGGGCAUACCGUUGUUCGGAUUGAGCUGGGUCCUGUCGACCCAUAGCAUUGUUCCACCCGCUGCUGCCAAUGGCGCAAUUCCUGCUGCAGGUAUUAUUGGUGAAGCUGGUAAAAUGGCGUAUUACGAAAUUUGCGAUGCUAUUCGCACUAAACAAUGGAAGAUGGUACGGGACCCGAGUCAAGCGAUCGGACCUUACGCCGUUUCACCAGACCAUCCCCGAACGUGGGUCGGAUACGAUGAUCCGGAGAUGGCUGCUGUUAAAUCCCGAUACAUUUUAUCAAAAGGCUUGGCUGGAGCCUUUCUCUGGGACAUAAGCUAUGACGAUUUUCGGAAUACUUGCGGUGGUGGAUUCAAUCCGAUCACAACGGCCAUUUACAAUACUCUGAAUGGCUAUUCGCAUACCCCUAACGAUUUUGGAGAUACUAACUCGUCUGAACCCGUUGACUUCUCGAGUAUCUUGGCAUCUUCAGAGAUGGGACAAUGGCCAACAUUGUUGGUGGUCGCCGUAUCGUGGAUUUUGUGUAAUGUUGGCUUAGGCUCCGCAAACCCACGUUUGGUUUGUUACUUCAAUUCCGGAGCAAUUCUCCGUAAAGGUAACGGCCAUUUCACGGUCGACAAUAUCGAUCCGUUCCUGUGUACUCAUCUCAUCUACGUCUCGGCAACGUUUGAGGGUGUCAUCAAUGGAGCGACUGACAAACAAGAGGGUCCUGGGCGAUCCAGAAAUCUUGAUCCUUCUGUCACCAAAUUCGUUCAGUUGAAAACCAAGAAUCCUAAACUGAAGACAAUGGUUUCCAUUGGUAGUUGGAUUGAAUACCAAUCGACGCAGUACGUCGAGAAAGUGACGAACAGUGGCAAUAGCAUGGCUGCCUUUGGCGAUGCAGCUGUGCAAUUUCUUGCACGGUACGGAUUCGAUGGAUUAGAUUUCUCUUGGCCAUGGAUAGGUGUGACGUCUGCUGCCAAUGAUCCCCGCAAAUUCAUCCGGCUACUUGAAGUCCUUAAAAAGGCGUUUCAAUCCGGUGGAUAUCUGCUCAGCAUUGCCGUCAUACCCAACGACUCCUAUUCCAGUUAUGACAUCCCCAAGAUAGAACGCCUUGUGGACUUUGUCAAUUUGAAAUCAUAUAACAUGACUGGCAGUUGGAAAUCGAUGGCGGAUCAUCACGCACCCCUUUACCCGAGGAAAUGGGAGGGUCCUGGAAACGAGAACAACAAUGUUGACUCCAUGGUGUCUUAUUGGGUCAACCAGGGUUUUCCAGAGUCCAAAAUCAACAUGGGCAUCCCGUUUUUUGGUAAUAGCUGGACUCUGUCGUCAGGAGCUUACAAUCCACCGGCAGCGGCUUCAGGCCCAGGAGCAGCCGGUCCGUUCACUGCCACGCAAGGCGAAUUAGCUUUCUACGAAAUCUGUCAACACGUCCGAGUCGACAAGGACUUUAAAGCAGUGCGGACUUCCAGCCGCGUAAACGGACCAUUUGCUUACUCUUUGCAUACGUCUGGGAGGAUUUGGGUUGGAUACGACGAUACCGAUAUGGUCGUCUAUAAAGGCAAAUACAUCAUCUCCAGGCAACUUGGGGGGGCCGUCGUUUGGGAUAUCUCCAUGGAUGAUUUUCAGGAUUCCUGCGGCACCGGAAGGAACCCAUUGCUCGUGUCUCUCGCUAGGACCCUCAACGUUAUGGAUAGACAUGCCCAGCCCUUCGUAUCCGGCUCAUGUCGGCCUUCGAGCUUCCAUCUCGCCAGCUUUUCUUCCAUGAUGCUAUUGACGUUAAUGAUUACAUCUUAUUUACUUGCAUCCCCCACCUGAAUAAUACAGAUCAAACGAAAUCAAUAAAAA